AUGCGGCGGCUGGACAGGCGGGCGUUCCGGGGCGGCUUCAUCCUGGAGAAGAUCCUGGGCCCCGUCUCCUCCGGCCACAUCGAGCUGCGGUCCGCCGACCCGCGGGCGAACCCGGCGGUGACGUUCAACUACUUCCAGGAGUCGGAGGACCUGGAGCGGUGCGUGCACGGCAUCCAGACGAUCGAGCGGGUGAUCCAGUCCCGGGCCUUCGCCAACUUCACCUACGCCAACGCCUCCGUGGAGUCCAUCUUCACCGACUCCGCCAACUUCCCCGUCAACCUCCUGCCGCGGCACGUCAACGACUCCCGGACGCCCGAGCAGUACUGCAGGGACACCGUCAUGACCAUCUGGCACUACCACGGCGGAUGCCAGGUCGGCGCCGUCGUCGACGACGAUUACCGGGUUUUCGGCGUGCAGCGGCUUAGGGUGAUCGACAGCUCCACGUUCAAGUACUCCCCCGGGACCAACCCGCAGGCCACCGUCAUGAUGCUCGGAAGGUAUAUGGGGGUCAAAAUUCAGGCCGAGAGGUGGAGGAAAUGA